AUGCCGUCUGUAUGGGAAACCCUGGAGGAGGCUUUGGAGUCCCACCCCGAGCCCCGCGUAUUGGGAUCAGGCCUCAAGCUCAAAGACCGGAUCAACGCACAAGAAGAUGCCAAGGCCCUGAAGGAAGCCAUGAAGGGAUUAGGAACCAAUGAGAAGGUGCUGGUGGAGAUUUUGACCCAGAGGAGCAACGCACAGCGGCAGCAAAUCAGAGAAGCCUAUGAAAAGUUAACAGACCAUAAGCUGGAGCGCGACCUGAAGAGUGAACUCAAGGGCCACUUGGAGGAUGCGCUGGUGGCGCUGGUCCAGACUCCGGCUGAGUUCGACUGCCACGAAUUGAUGAGGGCAAUGAAAGGAGCUGGAUCCAAAGAAUCCAUCCUGAUUGAAAUCUUUGCAUCGAGAACCAACGAACAGAUCCGGGCUCUGAGCGACGCUUAUCUGAAAGAAACCGAGCACCUGUUGAUUCGUGACCUGAGGAGAGACGUUUCCGGCGACUUCUCCAAAGCGCUGUUACUCCUGCUCGAGGCGAAAAGGGACGAGAGCGUCACCGUUGACGAAAGGUUGGCACGAAAAGACGCUAAGGCUCUUCAGCAAGCUGCGGAGAAGAAGUGGGGAACUGAUGAGGACAAGUUCAUUGAAAUCCUGUGCGAGAGAAGCAUGUGUCAACUCAGACAAACUUGUGUGGAAUACAGGAAGCUCGCAGGUAAAACUCUGCAGAAAAGCAUCGAGAGCGAGAUGAAAGGGGAUCUGGAGGCGCUGCUGGUGGCCAUCGUGAAAUGUGUGAAGUCCACUCCGGCCUACUUUGCAGAGGAGCUGCACAAGAGCAUGAAGGGCGGUGGAACCUGUGAGUCGACUCUGAGCCGCAUCAUGGUGAGCCGGUCCGAGAUCGACAUGAUGGACAUCAGAAAGAACUACAGGCUGUUCAAGCAACACUCCCUCUACUCGGCCAUCGACUCGGAUGUGUCCGGAGACUACGGCGACUGCAUGAAGGCGCUCUGCGGAGGAGACAACUAA